AUGUCGACCGAGGGAGAGUUCACUAUCUUCCAGGUGCCGUCGGAUCAAGCUGAACUACAACUGCAAUACGAUCGAGUCAUACGAGUACUUGACUUGGUCAUUGAGAAAGUGAAGAUUUGCGUAUGCCUGCCCGACUUUCUGGCCCAGUCUUCGAAAUUACUGGAUGUAGACGUUGGCUAUAUUCAAGAGAUCUGUGCGAAAUACUGUUAUCGACAACCGUCGAUCAGUACCGGCAAGUGCACUGCAAGUUCCGUGCGAAGAAAGACGAAACCCUCUGCGCUGGAUUCGCUUAGGAGGUUCGUUAAUCCCCAAAUGACUCAAGUGGUGGAAAUACUCUACAAAAACUACCAACUCAAGAAAGCUUCCUUGGAAAAUGACCUCUUGAUCAGUGGUGAAUCCGCGCGUUUCGUCUCCUCCCUGAAACUCAUGCGCGAUAUCAUGGAUGAGCGAUGCAAAGUGAAUGCAGUGGAGCAAAUCAUGCGCGAGAAAUUUUUGAAGAGCGCUUACAAGGAAAAUAUCGAAAUGAAGGGGCACUUACUAGCACUGACAAGCGAAGGAGAGAAGCAAAGACGGGAAUUUAAUCUGCAAAUCAACAGUAAAAACGCAACCCUCUUGGGGUUGCAGAAAGAAAUUUCACGACGAAACACCGCUUUAAAGGAAGAGACGAAGUUAAUAGCGGAGAAGAAUGAGGCUGGUUUGGCGGAAGAUCGCGAGACUAGCAAGCUGCGCCAGCAGGAGCUCGCCACCGAGUCUAAAACCGUGGCGAACCAGUACGACAAUCUCCUCUCCCAGCAUCUUAAAAGCGAACGAAAGUUAAGGGUCAAACGUUUGAAGACCGAAACGCAACUCUCGGGGUGGUUGUCGAAGUACGACUUCGACAUGCAGGACAGACAGGCCGAAUUUGACGUCCAAAUGUCUGGCUUUGAGGAGGAGCAAGAUGCUUUUGACGCGCUUGUAGUUAAGAUGAACGAGCUGGAGGAAAUGUCCGCGUCGUUCAUGGAGGAAAAGGAGGAAGAAGAUGAGCAGCAGAGGCUGGCAGUUAAUUUCUUUUCGCGUAAUCGCGCAGCCAGAGUUAUUCAACGAUACUAUCGGGCGUACCGCUUUCGACUACUGAAGAGCAAGAAAAAAGACAAACAGAAGAAGAAGAAGAAAUGA